CACUGUCUCAGGACCAUGCAGAACUCAGGGAUUGUGAUCGGAGUGCUGCUCAUCACUCUGUCUUUCAUCAUGUGCAAGGGACAACAUUUACCUGAGACAUCUGCAGAGGACUUGCAGAACUCUGACAUCAACCCUGACAAGGAGAUGGUUGAAGAGAUGGAGGAACUCCUGUCAAGGCUUCAGAACAGAUUUCCUUCAACAGAAAAACGCGGCAUUCCAGCAUGUGCAUUCGGCUCCCGCUGUGCGAUGAGGUUUGGUCCUCGCUUUGGGCAGCUGUGUGAAUGUAGCCGAGGCUCCUACUGCAACUCGUACCUGCUAAAGUGCAUCUGAGACAUCAACUGAAGGAGAUCUAUCUUGAUCUCUUGUUUUAACAUUUCCAUAAACAUGACCACUUAC